AUGCCAAAAGCAUAUAUUAGUAGCAACAAAGAGUUCAAGCUGUUCGGCAAAGCGAAGAAGACGUUCUCUAUUGCUGCACUGGACCCCGAUGCCAAUUUGCCAAUUACCGAAUUCAUCGUAACGGCAUCAUUAUCUACACGCGUAUUCCAGUCUAUCCCGAUUAUAACCAUGUCAUGUUUCGGUAGAGACUUUAUUAGCGGUUGA